AUGGCAUCAAGUGAGAGCAGUGGAGUGUCCCUCAACACUCGCAUUUUGAACGUCAAUACCACCAAAUUUGGAUUAUUUCAAAAUCCGCAAAUACUCGAAACACUGGAACUACCCCGCGACCUCUCACCGAACGAUCCAUUACUACUGGCGGCGCGUCACCUGAAGACGAGUAGUAUUCCGGUUGGAUUUCCUACAGAGACUGUGUACGGACUAGGUGCAGAUGCGACGAGAAGCGACGCAGUGAGGGGCAUAUACAAAGCAAAGGGCAGGCCAUCCGACAACCCCCUCAUCAUCCACAUCUGCGACCUCACCAUGCUCCGCGACUACCUUGUUCCCGCAAACACAAAACAUUCAACCUCAGACCCAGAUCCAAUCCCCGAAAUCUAUAAGCCGCUGAUCAAAGAAUUCUGGCCCGGCCCUCUCACUAUCCUCCUCCCAAACCCCACCCCUAGCAAGCUCGCCCCAGAAGUCACUGCUGGACUAUCUACAUUCGGCGCCCGCAUGCCCUCUUCCCCCUUGGCCCUCUCCCUUAUUGCUCUCGCCGGCGUCCCUCUCGCCGCUCCUUCCGCAAAUGCAUCUACCAAGCCCUCGCCCACAACCGCCGCACACGUCCUACACGACCUAUCCGGGCGCAUUGAAUUGAUUUUGGACGGUGGACCUUGCCAAGUAGGCGUCGAAAGCACCGUCGUAGACGGCCUAUGUUCUCCUCCAGUGGUGCUACGCCCAGGCGGUGUAAGCAUUGAGCGGAUCCGGCAAUGUGUAGGUUGGGAAGAGACUGUAAAGGGAUAUAAAGACCAAAGUGAGAUCGGGGCAAACGCACCAAGAGCCCCGGGAAUGAAAUAUAAACACUACAGCCCGAAAGCGAAAGUCGUGCUCUACGAAGCAGCAUCUAAACGCGAUACACGCACUGGCCGUAUCACCAAUUCCGGCGUCCCGCUAGAAGCAUGGCGUCUGCUGGCCGCCAAGGAUAAUAAACUGUCCUACCUUGGUCUGGAAUCAGCCAGUUGGCCCGUGAAGAUUGGGAUCGUGAGUACGAAGCACUGGGUCAAAUGGGCGGGGUUUCAUGGCGCGAAAUGGAGCACAGCCGAGAGGCCUAGCCAAGCGGCUACUGCUACUUUGGACACAGACGAGGCUCAUUAUUCGGAUGACGAGUGGGAUAGUGUGAUUGUGAACCAUGGUACAGAAGAAGAUCCUCAAUACGAGCCCGAAUCCUUCUCCCCGUCCUGGACGCGCAGCACUAGAUCCGCACACCUAAAAGUCCUUGAUCUCCAACCCCCCACCUCCACCACUACAACUACCCCUACCCCUCCCCUCCCCAGCGACCUAGUUGUCACAACCGGCGAGCUAUGGCAAGGCGAUCGUGAUUCCGGCUAUGGUUCCGGAAGCGAGGAUUUCCAAGACGAUUUCCUGAGCGAUAGCCGCACUCGACAUGUAGCUGAUAUGUACGAGAUUGCCCUUGGGGCUGAGACGGGCGAUAUUGCGCAUGGCUUGUUUUCGGCGCUGAGGGAGUUGGAUGCUAGGGGUGUGGAUGUUAUUUAUGUGGAGGGUAUUGAGGAUGAGGGUGAUCGCAAUGGGGAUGGGGAUGUUGCGGCUGCGGUUAUGAAUCGGUUGCGGAAGGCAGCUAGUGUUAUUGAGAAGUAG